CGUGUCAUUCUUCUGAUUGACAGCACGUCUAAAUCAUUUGAAAACAUUUUUUGUUAAAGGUCUCUUUUGUUCGCGCUUUCUCCGUCCAGCCUUCAUUCAUUAUUAUGACUGACAGCACGUCUAAAUGUCGUUUCGCGUCAUUUUUACGCCGUUUUUCUAGAUUUACGACGGAGUCCACCUGUGCGUGAAUGAAGCCUACUUUUUUGGGAGUGUGCACACUCGUGGAAUAUUGAACGCGACUCUUGAUCGCAUCGAUUUUUUUGGUGUAUUUUUUGUGCUGAGACCCUUUAAUUAUUCCGCACUUUGAUGCAAAAAAAGACCAGUUUUCGUUGUGUCUAGACGCACGCCGAACCGCUAUAUUAUGGAUAACCUAACGCGCUAAAAGGCACCAUUUAGUGCGCAAACAGGGUGCAGAGAGCGCAACAAGCAUUUACUGGGUGGUGGUGGUGGUGUGGGGCGUCGUAAAUUGUGCAGCUAUUGGCAAAGCUGUAAUAAAGAUAAUGUCGCGAAUGACCUCUGUUGACUGAGAGGCUGUCGUUUCAUCAUCACUACAGUCUCUUGCAGGCUUCCUCUGGUCUCCAACAACAGCUAAAAACCCCCACUGUGAAGCGGGCAAGGCUAGCCUCAUGAGUCGGCCUGGUGGACUUCCAUCAUGGAUUUAACAAAGAUGGGCAUGAUCCAGCUGCAGAACCCCAACCACCCAACGUCGCUCCUCCACAAGGCUAACCAGAUGCGCCUUGCGGGUACGCUGUGUGACGUGGUCAUCAUGGUGGACAGCCAGGAGUUCCACGCCCACCGGACCGUGCUGGCGUGCACCAGCAAGAUGUUUGAGAUCCUCUUCCAUCGCAGCAGCCAGCACUACACUUUGGACUUUCUCUCGCCAAAGACCUUUCAGCAGAUUUUGGACUAUGCUUACACUGCCACGCUCCAGGCCAAGGUGGAGGACCUGGACGACUUGUUGUACGCAGCAGAGAUCCUGGAGAUUGAGUAUUUGGAGGAGCAAUGCCUCAAGAUCUUAGAGACCAUCCAGUCGUCAGACGAGAAUGACGUGGAGGUAGGCGUCAAUGAUGGCAGCACGGAGGACGACGAUGAGCGCAAAGGCCACAAUGGAGUCAAGAUUUCCAAAAAGCAUUCCAUGGACAGUCUCUACCUGUCGGGUACAGAGCAAGUCUCCACCAUGUCCAGUAUGGUGGACCAGAGUCCCUCUGUCUCCACGUCGUUUGGAGUCUCCAGUCUGAGCCCCACCAAAGCCGCCGUGGACAGCCUGAUGAGUAUCGGCCAGUCCCUGCUCCAGCAAGGCUUUGGAGGCGACCAUGUCAACGCCCACCACCUCAUGAGCGAAAUCAAGACAGAAAUGAUGCAGGUGGACAUGGGCGGCAAUGGCCAUGAGAGCCCUCACAACAUGGAGUCUGGUGGCUCCAGCAACGGCGAGAGAAGCGGGGAGGACAGGAACCGGGACGGACCGGGAACACCCACCAGGAGCAGCGUCAUCACCAGUGCCCGUGAGCUCCAUUACGUCCGCGACGACGGCAUGGGUGACUCUCAGGCGGAAGUCAGCCAGAUGGGUCUGGAAGCUAUGGCCGGGAUGGCAGAGAAACACCUGGCUUCACUCUACUCCCUUCCUGUCAAUCAUAAAUCCGACGCCAUCAUGUCCAUGCCGGUCUCCAUGGCCUCCGCUCUCCCAAUGUCGCCGGCUUUGGCCAUGUCCAUGGACUUCAGCGCCUACGGCGGACUCCUGCCUCAGAGCUUCAUCCAGAGGGAGUUCUUCAGCAAGCUUGGCGAGCUGGCGGUGGGCAUGAAACCCGACGGGAGGAACCAGCACGAGCGCUGCAAUGUUUGCGGUGCGGAACUUCCAGAUAACGAGGCUGUGGAGCAGCACAGGAAGAUGCACAGCGGGAUGAAGACCUAUGGCUGCGAGCUGUGCGGGAAGAGCUUCCUGGACAGCCUGCGUCUGCGCAUGCAUCUGCUGUCUCAUUCAGCUGGCGAGAAGGCCAUCGUAUGUGACCAGUGUGGUGCCCAGUUCCAGACUGAGGAGUCUCUGGAGGCUCACCGGCAAAUCCACACAGGUUCAGACAUGGCCAUCUUCUGCCUGCUCUGCGGGAAGCGUUUCCAGACCCAGACGGCGCUGCAGCAGCACAUGGAGGUCCACGCCGGCGUUCGCAGCUACAUCUGCAGCGAAUGCAACCGGACCUUCCCGAGCCACACUGCGCUCAAACGCCACCUACGCUCGCACACAGCCGGGGACCACCCAUUCGAAUGCGAGUUCUGCGGGAGCUGCUUCCGCGACGAGAGCACGCUGAAAGGCCACAAGCGCAUCCACACCGGCGAGAAGCCCUACGAAUGUAACGGUUGCGGCAAGAAGUUCAGCCUCAAGCACCAGCUGGAGACCCACUACCGUGUGCACACAGGUGAGAAGCCAUUUGAGUGCAAGCUGUGCCACCAGCGAUCCAGGGACUACUCGGCCAUGAUCAAGCACCUGCGCACCCACAACGGCGCCUCGCCCUACCAAUGCACCAUCUGCCUGGAGUACUGCCCCAGUCUGUCGGCCAUGCAGAAGCACAUGAAGGGCCACAAGCCCGAAGACAUCCCCCCUGACUGGCGCAUAGAGAAGACCUACCUGUACCUCUGCUACGUCUGAGGCGGGUGGUUGGAGAAGCGAGGAGGCGGGGGGGGGGGGCUUGAUGGAGGAAGGAGAAUGUAAUAGUGGCGUUGGGAGUAUGUUGAAGCGUCAAAAGCCUUUUUUUUUUGCGAAAGAGGCAAGAAAAAAAAGCAAGGGUGGUCAGAGAGACAUGUCCACCAUGUAGUUCGGAAUCAUCGGGUCAUUGCCCCACCUUGUGUUACUGUGUUAUUAUUUCAGGUUGCCGAGCAGCAGGGAAACGUUGCUGCUAGCGGUGUCGCUAGAUUCUCAAGGGCUAUCCGAACCCCUGAUGAACAAAAUCAUUGUUGGAAUCGUAGUCGAGUGUUUAGUUUACCAGCCACACAAAGAAAACGUGAACAGAGUUUUCUUUUAAAGUUCAUCACAGUGAUGGACCACUUUGUGUUUCCUAGUAGUUGCAGUUAGCAACUAAGAAUGUCCCUCGGUAAAAUACUGAAACCUCCGCCAAGGCAGAGUAAUCCUUAAUUAUGUAAGAGAGACACAAAUAAUUAAAAAAAAGCUCCAAAAAUACAGCAAUAGUAAAAAAAUAUAUAUUCAAUUUAUAUUCUUAAGAUAUAUAUAUAUAGUCCCCGCCCCAUGCUAGCCAUAUGUUAUCUAUCCCUACAUACACCCUCUUCAUAAACCACAGUUGACCUGCCUCUUCCUUGACCAAUGGCCCACCGAUAUGCAAAGUCUUGUUGAAAUCAGUCAAGUGUUUUUUGCAUAGUUAGCAAAAGAUAGAACCAAGUCACGCUCAAACACUUGAAUUUUGAAUUGUGGCAGUUCCUGUUCCUGUUGAAACAUAAGAGCAACCCCCUUUGUGGAGGUUAGUACAAUGUCGCUCAGUGGGAGCGAACCACCAAGGCCAAACGACCCGUUCCCUCAAUUUCAUGCACUCAGUCGUUAAGAAGGAACAUGUGGAAAAGUGCCGUUACAAGAAGACCUCCUGGAUGAACUCGUUCAUCUGUAUCCAUCCCAAAGUUGAAUGGGUUCUUCCAUGGCCCACGUCCCACCUUUACACAAAGUUUCGCGGAAAUGUGGAAAGUAGUUUUUGUGUAGUGAACAAAAAAAACCAGUGCAUAUAAAAUAGAACUUCCUGUUCCUGUUCUGUUAGAACGUAACUAGAAUGUCACUCGUUUGAGUGUAGACCUCCACCAAGGCCAAACUUUUACAUCUGAAAAGACUCCUGCAUGGUGACUCCCUAGGUGACGGUGAAAUGAAGUAUCUAAAAGUGCCCUUAUGACCAAAAUAUUCCCAUCUAAACGGAAUAGGAUCUUCCCUGACUUAUGUCCAACAUUACUCAAAGUGGAUUUCCAAAAACAUGCUAGGUUCAUUGGCCACUCCAAAUUGUCCAUAGGUAUGAAUGUGAGUGUGAAUGGUUGUUUGUCUAUAUGUGCCCUGUGAUUGGCUGGCCACCAGUCCAGGUUGUACCCCGCCUCUCGCCCCAAGACAGCUGGGAUAGGCUCCAGCACCUCCUCGUGAGGAUCAGCGCUAGAAAAUGAAUGAAUGAUUUUUACAUCACUAAAGUAGUUUUUGCCCAGUUUACAACAGAAAAAUCACGUAUGAAAGUUCUUGUUCCUGUUUUUGUUCUUCUUGAUGGAUGUCGCUCUGUGAACAGACACCUCUGCCAAGGUCAUACGAUUGGAUGUGUGUAAAGUUGUUCGUAAGCCUGACUUUCAUCAAUAAGACAAAAAGAUGGGAAGCAUAUCUAAAAGUGGCCUUACAACAAGAGUUUGUUUACCAAAAUUGAGUUGGUUCAUUCCUGACCUUCUACGGCAAUUGGUGUGAAAAGUGUUGAAGCAGUUUUUGCAUAGCGCAUGUAAACUUCUUGUUCAGUUUCUUUCAUAACAUAACCUUAACGUCCUUUGUGGAGAUGACUAGUAUGUUGGACCUCUGCCAAGGAAAAAGUUGGAUCAAAUUGUACUUCUUAUCGCCUUAUGGUGUCGCUAAACUUCUUGCUCCAUUCACAAGACAAGGCGAUGAAGAAGCAGAAUGUCUAAAAGUACCCUGACAAGAAUUCCUUGAUCCGUAUCCACACCAAAAUUGGAUUGGUCCUUACUGUGGGUCCCACCUUUAGGCCAGGUGUUGUGGAAACAGAUGAAGUAGUUUAAGCACCGUUCCUGCUCCGUUCACAACUUCCUUGAUGGACCAGAAUCUCAGUCCAACCGACCGCAGACCUACGCCGUUAGUAAGGCCAGUUAGGAUCAAAUUGUACACCUUGUCUCAUGACGAUGAUUCCAAUUCUUCUUCACUUGACAAGAAUUAGGCGAUUAAGAAGGAAAUGUCGACAAUUACCCUGACAAAAAAUCCUUUCUCCCUAUCCACACCACGUUUGAAUCGGUUCUUCCUUCAUUUACGUCAACCUUUACCAUGUUUUAUGGAAGUCGUUUUUUUGCGUACCACAUAUACCCAGAUUAGAGUUCCUGUUCCUGUUGAAACUUAACCAGAACCUCCUUGAUGGACUGCAGUGGACCUCUGCCAAGGUUGAUUUGGAUCAAACUGUAUGUGUCAUCUUAGAAUCCUCGCAUGAUUCCCAAGACUCCACGACUGAAAAGGAAAACGUCUAACUGUAGUGGAAACUCCCAGUCACCAACUUGCGGCCAUUUUCCCUGGUCAUCCUGAGAUAGCCCCUGAGAAUCGGCAGCAGAGGCAGUGGGAAUAUGCAGUAUAGUCAAUGAACUUGUUUGCUUGAUUGUUGGGGGGGGGGGAGCCUGUGCUGCUUUGUUUGCCCUCCCCCCCACACAUCCACAGUCUUCCCGGUACUGUGAGGUACCCCCUCCCUCAAGGAGGCCAAAGGUUGACCGGUAUACGUAUUUAGCGCUCUGCCAUUAUUAUAGUUCAUCAUAUCAGGCUUCAUUGCACAGGUGACCACAAGCUACGACAACAGUUUCUGUUUGAUGCAUUACUACAGGACGCCACGUUCAUUCAUCGCAGCAAUACGCAACCGGGCCGCUCCGUUUAUACUCUCACACUAACCGCCACACGCGGUGGCCGCAUGGACGGGGAAAGACGAUAUGGAAACGCAAACAAAAGCGGCUGCUCUACAAGUCGUGAAUGUCGGAAGGAGACGCCGUAGAAGAGGAGUUUUCGAGGCCACGUGAAUGUGAAAAGACUCGCAUGCCGCCGGACUGGCGUCCGGACAGGAAGCAGGGAUUCCCGAUCGGAUGAAUACAACGACAGAUAAAUCAACUCUUUCUCUGUGGUUUCAUCUCCUCUUCUUUUUUUUUUUUCUUCUUGUUUUUUUCUUGUUGUACUUGAAUUACCUCAUUUUGUGACCUCAUUCUUUUGUUUUUAAUUCCCACCCUUCGUUGAGUCGGAAAGAUGCAUUGCACAGCGUGAUUAUUUGUGCGCAGACACAAAUUUAAAGUGCCGCAGUGAUGAGAUUUUAUUUGUUAGUGCGGGGGUUUUUUUUGUGCAUUAGUACCAAACUUUGUAUUAUUAUUGUUAUUAUUAACCCAGCUUGUUCAAGAGCCGGAAGGUUUUGUUUUUGUGUUUUUUGUUCUCAAGAAGCUACCUCUCUAAGUUUAUGUUUUGGCAAAAAGCACAUUUUCUUUUUUUGGCAUUUUUCAUCAUUGCUACUUCAUCUCAUGCAUAUUUCUACUCAAAAAGUUGAUUUAUAUGAUUUUUAAGCAAAGUGUACAUAAAAGGUGACAAUAGCAGAGGUGUGCGUGGGUUUUUGAGGGGGGGGCGGGGGGGGCAACCUAGAAAAAACGUUUUUGAAGCCUUAAGUGACGAGCAAAGAGCCGACGAAGAGGAAGAAGGAAGCACUGUUGCUUGCUCAAGGGGGUUCCCAAACCAACAACACAUUGAAACUUGAACAUAUGUGAAUAGAGUUUUGUAAUGUGAAGGUGCUGGAUGGAGGUCGGUCAUGGUUUUUUUUGCAGAGUGCGAUGGACAAUUGGAUGUUUAGUCGUCAUCCAAACAAAAGGAAACAAGAAAAAAGAGCCACCGUAGGCAAUUUGAUAUAAAAGAAAUGGUGAUAUUUUUGUAUUGCGUGUCAGUCCUUUCUUUUUUGUGGAGGGUUAAAGCAGGGCACAAAUAUUUGUAUUUUUGUUGUUUUUUUGGUGUCUUCUCUGGGUGUGAAUCGUUGUUUGGCCUUGCUCCUCUUGGAUAUCGUGUGAACAUAUUGUAAUAAUAAUAAGAAUAAUAAUAAUAAGUGUUGCUUUCUGGAUGUCGGUUGCAUUUGUAGGUGAAGGAUGAAAUUUAACCACCACCAUUUUUUAUUAUUAUUCGAAUUUUGUCGUCGUUUAUGUGGCAAAGGAGAGACAAAAAAGCCGACCAUUUAUUCUCCCUUUUCGCAAUCAAACUUGACUGCAGGCGUACUAUUUUUGUUGUUUUUGUACUUGAAGUAAAAAAAAAAAAAAAAAAGGGAUGGUGGCACGUGUCGUUGGUGUUCUGCCAUUUGAUUCUCUCUAACACUGUGAGCCGAAGGGGGCGGGGCUUAUGCCAUAACUCCAUCCACCAAUAAAAUAAGAAAUAAGUCAGACACUCCCACAAUGCAACACUCUCCCCGUCAGUCACGUGACUCCCACCCCUUAGCCCCGUCAUCGAAUGUUUUCUACGUUUGUUUUUUUGUGCGGGUGAACGAGUGUGUAGCUAAAGUGUGUGUGUGUGUGUAUUUUAAUGGAGAAAUGCACUAAUCAGAUACGAAAAUAAAGUUCUAUUCUAUGCCACUGUUUUUUCUCUAUGUUGGUAAAAAUAUACAAACACGUCAGCAGCGAUAUACGUAGUUCUUCCCCCCUCAGUGUUUCUCGUGUGUGCCUAAAAAUGAUCCACUUGUACUUUAAGAUGAAAAUUUAGCAAAAAAAAAAGCAUUUUUUCAAAAAGCCAGCACCCAUGGGAUGUCAUGACGCUCACACAUGACUUUUUUUUUUAAAUCCACUCUGAGAGGGUCGGAGAAUUGUUUUGGAUGUUUGAAUAUCCAGAUGAGAGGAUGUUGAUACGAUUGGAACUUGAGAUUUUUGCUAUUGAGAUUGUGAUCAUCAGCAACAGGUUUGCUGUCUAACAAUAUUGCGCUUGACAACAAUUCAGCUUCAAAAAUGGACACAUUUCGUGACCUUGCUUCAGUACUUCAGUACUUGUUCCUUUUUUUGUACAUUUUACGUUGCCUACAUGAUGCAUUUAGGGUGUGUGGGUCAAGAGGGACUCAUGGCAUCCCUUGAGCUGGCACUCUGUGUUUUUCCAGUGUUGGUGUUUUAUUUUUCCUCCAGAUAAGUCGCCAUUUCACAUGCAGUUGAAGUUGAAAUGUAACGAAACGAGAACGAAAGCACGGAGUAUUUUUUUAUCUUAGCACUGAGGACCAACAACUUUGCCCUGUCGGACCAAGCGUAACGAAGCUUUUAAACGUAAAAAAGCUUUUUAUUGCCCUCUCUUUCUCUGUCGUCUUUGGCUUGUCUGUGCUACUUUCUCUUCUCCUCCAUUGUGGUCACAGAACAAGUUGCUCUGUAUUAUUAAGAAAUGUAAGAAAUAUAGAGUUUUUGUUUGGGUUUUUUUAAUGAUGAUGGUGAUGAUUUGAAUUGUUAUAGUUUUUGUCUACCUCAGCACCUGAUCUUAGCCUAAUCUUAGAAGGUGCACAAUUAUUAUUUUUGAAAUUUGUUCUCUUUUUGUUCUUUUUUUUGGGGGGGGGGGUUGCAUUAGAGCUUUGCAAAAAAAAAAAAAACACACACAAAAAAAGGUCCUUUGUCUUUUCCAGCGACAAUGUGCUAUUUUCUUUCCCACUGUGGAUGUUUUCAUAUCUAUAGCCAGCGUCUGUUGAUAUCGAAGUUGUUUUUUUGGUUUUGUUUAUUUCCACGUGGAAUCAAACACAUCUCUUUGUAACAUUUCAGUGUUCUCUGAUGGAGUGUGAAAAAAAAGGACAAUAAAAGAUUUAAUGCUGCAGGUCCUUCCAUGUUGUUACUAAAGUCAAUGUUGUGCCUUUUGAUAGUGGAGAAAAAAAUCAAUAAAAAGAUAUUUUUCUUUUCUUUUUUUACAUCCUACUAACAGUAUAGAUUGUCUUUUUGUAGUGAAUUUAUUUUGUAUUUUAUUUUUUUUAUUUAUGGGUCUCAUAAUUAUGAAAAAAAAACAUUAAAAUCAAGUCACGAUUGUUCAAUUGUACACUUCCGAUCUGCAGUCAGAGGAAAUAAACAUUGGACUUUAUGUCAAUUGUC